AUGCCCGGCAAUCACUGCCGCGGCGGCGGCACCGCGCCGCCCUCCGGCCGGGAGGCGCCCGCUAGCAGUGCCCGCCCCGGCGGCGGAGCCGCGGCCCAUCCCCGCCCCGCGCUCCUCCCCGCCGCGUGGCUCUCCCCUUCGGCGGCAGUUUUGGCCGCGUCCUUCUCUCUCUACUCUUCUCCCUCCUUCUGUGUCUCUGGCGGGGCUAUGGCCGCUUCCGAUACCGACGAGCACCUGCAAAAUGUUGGCUGUCGAACUUUGUCCUUGUCUGCACAUGUUGGGUUUGAUAGCUUACCUGACCAACUGAUCAGGAAGUCCAUCAAGCAUGGCUUCUGCUUCAACAUUCUUUGCAUUGGGGAAACUGGAAUUGGGAAAUCAGCCUUGGUGAGCAGUUUGUUUAACACCGAUUUUGAGGACUCUCCAUCAACACAUUUUCUGUCAAGUGUGCGACUUAGAGCCCAGACUUUUGAACUCCAGGAAAGUAAUGUUCUUUUGAAGCUGACAGUUGUAAAAACAGUGGGGUUUGGUGACCAGAUGAACAAAGCAGAUAGCUAUCAGCCAAUAGUGGAUUAUGUAGAUGCACAAUUUGAAGCCUAUCUCGAGGAAGAACUGAAAGUUAUACGUUCUUUAUUUAGCUACCAUGAUACUCGCAUCCAUGUCUGCCUCUAUUUCAUUUCACCUACAGGCCGUUCUCUAAAAACCAUAGAUUUGUUAACUAUGAGAAGCCUAGACAGUAAGGUGAACAUUAUACCAGUUAUAGGCAAAGCGGACAGCAUUUCUAAAACUGAGCUGCAAGAGUUCAAGAAGAAAAUAAUGAAUGAAUUAACUAGCAAUGGCAUCCGAAUAUACCAGUUUCCUACUGAUGAUGAAACUGUUUCUGAGAUUAAUACCAUCACAAAUGGUUAUUUGCCAUUUGCCGUGGUAGGAAGUAUGGAGAAGGUGAAAAUUGGAAACAAAAUGGUGAGAGCUCGUCAAUACCCUUGGGGCAUUGUAAAAGUGGAAAAUGAGAACCACUGUGACACAAUAAAGCUCCGCAGGAUGCUGUGCACAAAUAUGGAAGACUUGAAGGAGAAGACUCGUGCGUAUUAUGAGUCGUACAGGCGCUGCAGGCUGGAAAAGCUGGGUUGCAGAGACAUUGGCCCUGAGAACAAACCAGUCAGUCUACAGGAAGUCAUUGAGGCAAAGAGGCUGGAGUUCUGCCUUGAAGUGGAAAGAAAAGAAGAGGAGAUAUGGCAACGAUUUGUGCAGAGAGUGAAGGAGAAAGCAGCAAUGUUGGAAGAGGCAGAGCAACAGGUACUGACUGAAUUUGAACAUCUUACACUAAUGCAUCAAGAAGAGGAGCUGAAAUUUGGGGAAGAGAAAAAACUUCUAGAAGAUGAAAAAGCUCAGUUUGUUGAGAAGAAAGGUGUCACUGAAUCGAUUCAGUCACAAGUGUCUGUCUCUAGCCCUGUUAGUUUGAAGGCACAAGGACUGCAAAAAAAGCAAGAUUUUCAACUUGAAGUUCAAUGCUUUCAUAUCAGAGAUGAAGGAGCUGUGAAUGUUCGAGAGCAGAGUGAGAGGGAGAGUGAGAAGGAGGAGUUAGAGAGAGAAAUUCACCCAGGGAAUUUCAGGAAUAGUAUUUGA